GGUGCAACACCUCGGGUUACUCGAGAAAGGACCCCAAAUGUACGAUCGCCAACACAUUUUGGGUAGUAGCUGAAACUGAAAAACUCGGAUUGUUUGUUUGUAUUCUGACAUAAGACAAACUAACAGAAUAAUGACUAAAAAGAGGAAAAGGCAGGACGACUUUCACAAGGUGAAACUGAAGGUUGGCAAGAAGAAGCCUAAGGUUGAGAAUGCCACUAACGUCAACUUCAGAUCAAAGCGCAUCCACUUACCGGAGCAGCUGAACCGUGACGACGGCGGUCCAACCACGCACCGCCAGCUCAGUAUAAAGGACCUGUUGUCUCAGCUGCACCACUACAACAGCACGGUGAAGCAGGAUGCACUGCAGGGCCUUCGGGAGCUGCUGGCCUCGCACCCGUACCUGGUGGAGCAGCAGGCUUCCACCGUGCUGCCCGAGGUGGCGGCACUCUUCACGGACAAGGACGGUGGCGUGAGGGUGGCCGCCACCCGCCUCCUUCGCUUCCUGGCCCAGUGCAUCCCCGCCGAGCACGUGGCGCCCUUCUUCCCCCUACUCAGUGCCCACCUCACCUGCGCCAUGACGCACAUCGCGCCGGGCAUCCAGGAGGAUGCCCUGCGGGUCCUGGACGUGCUGCUGGAGCACUACCCGGCCCUACUGUCGCAGAGGCACGCUGUGCUGCUGGCCAACUUCCUCGAGCUCAUCUCGCAGAGGCGGAUGGGCGGGGCCGGGGGCGGGGCGAGGGGCGGGGCUGGCGGAGACAAGGGGGCUGGGAAGGGGAGCUACGCUCUGUCCAUUAGCACAAGCCGCUCUGUGACAGCACAACAGUGGAGACUCACUGUCCUCCUCAGGCUAAGCCGGUUUUUACAGGCCGUGGUGGAGGAGAGGCCCACGGAAGACAGGGCAGAGGGCGCAGGCUUUUUAAGCGUGUGGGGUGGAGAGAAGGCAGUGGUCACCCCUUUGGAAGUCACCUGGGAAGAGCAAGCCUGCAGGACAGGGGCCGUCAGAGUGUUUGAGAAUUCUGGAGCCAAGCCCACACCGCACUCCACCUAUCGACUGAGGCCUGAAACGGAGCCUGGGGCUGGAGUUAGUGAGGGCCUGUGCUCAGCGGAGACGGUGCAAGGCUUUGCGGAGACCCUAGUGCCCCUGCUUCUCGAGGUAUGGGUGGAGGCCAUGGGUGGAGACCGGGCGCCUAGCGACAGUGGCCAUCUGCUUUCAGAGGAAGCUAUGGCCCUGAUGUUCCAGAUCCUCACCAUACUGCAGUUGCUACGACGACUCGCCCCCCACAGGGACCAGCAGGACAUGCUGGACGCCUGGUUUCGGAACUCCUACCUGAAUGAGUUCAAGCAGCACUUCAUGAAGAACUUCCCCUACUGCCAGCUAGAGAUUGCCAGACACAAGAAAAAGACAGACGCGAAGAGGAACAGGCAGCAGGUGGUGGGCGGAGCCGCCGCCAGCGGCAACGUGGAGCCGUUGGCUCUGAACGUCAUGCUGUGUCAGGUGAUGGUGUCGCUCAGCCUGAGGGGGCGGGGCCACGUCACAGGGCAGGACGCCGACUGGCUCGGACCGAUCAGGGCCUUUGUCACGGACACGCUGUCCAACGGGGGCAAGCUCGGCUCCAAGCAGCUGGCGGCGUUGCUGGAGGUGGUGUGGAGGAUGAUAAUCACCCAGCAAAGUCGACUGGUGACCGAGGAGCUCCUGCAGGCUGUGUAUAUUCAAUACCAACAGAGAAACUUGGGCCUGCCUGUCCGCACACUUCUACUACGUUUUUUCAGUCAACUCUACAUACAGGAGCAUCAGAACCAUCCUCAUAUAGCCAGGAGCAGGAUGUUGGCACGCUGGUUGGCCUCUGUGCCCGUCCAGUUAGUUCAGCUGGGUAGUCGGAACCCUCAGCUGUCUGCACAGCUCCUGCAGACGGUGCAGUCAGCUGCAGCCUGGGGCAACAAUGACGUGCUACGGAACCUGCAGGCACACGCGUGCAACAUCUAUGAUCCUCAGGAGGGCUGUAUUGUGGUGUUACCAGCAGAGCUCCAGCAGCACUUGGUCCAGAUCCUGUACUUCAUGCCAGCGUUCCCUGCGGACGUUCUGGCCUGUCUCAGCCAUGCCUGCAAUACUGGCCGCGUGUCCGCAAGCCUAGCUACCGCGCUGAUCCGCACCGUGCACCUGAGGUCUCCUCUAAGUGGCUGGUCGAGCAGUUCUCAUGAUGUGCCAGUGCGAGACGUGGAUUACCUUAGUUUCCUCUUCUCCACUCUGACAGGUUUCUCUUCAGAAGGCCUGAGAGAGCUGCAGCAGGCUGAUGAGGAGGGCUUGCUGCCUGCAUCAGCUCUCUCUCCCCUCAGCGUGUUCUCCACCCCACUCCAACAGUUCACACACCACUGGGACGUGGUCGAGGAGGUAUGUCAUUGUUUGGAGACAUUAGGCUCACGGGUUCAGUGUUUCGAAAUACUGCAGAACGCCAUCAUCAAGAACCUUUGUGGGCUAGUGGUGCUGCCAGACUGUGUGUGCGCCGCGAUGCUGAGGUGUGUCCCCCGCUUGCUGGAUGUCAACUUCCUGCCCAGCGACACCCUCCUCCACUUCCUGUCUGAUUGCUCUCUGAGCAUGCUCAGUCUGCUACUGCAGCUGGAGCAGAGCGCCCGCAAGAGGGACGCGGUUUGGGAAGCAUGCUUUGCCGCGCUCAGCACAGUACCGCGGUUGCUGCGGCUGCUUUUGCAGUCUCUGCGCGUAUGUGACCUGUGCGAGGAAGAGCUCCCCUUGUUGGCUCAGCUCCUGUCGCUGCUUCUUCAGCACACGCAGCUACGCAACCACAUGGCCGCCAACAACGCCCUGCUACAGACCAUCAUACAGGACCUGACGCGCUUCUAUGGCAGCGAGACUCGGGAGCAGUGGCUAACCGACCUGCUGUACUGCUACAGUGUAACACUGUCUGGCCACCGUGCCAACAUGGCCGUCAGGGACAUCUACUGAUCUACUAAGCCAUUCAAGAAUUCAUUAUUCUCCCCAUCUUUCUUGUCAUGUUAACAUGUUUUUUUAAACAAUAUAAGAAGAAGAAAAAUAAAUCAGUUGUGAUAAUUA